UCGGUUUUGCACAAGCCGGCCUUGAAAUCAGAGCCUUUCGAGCAACUCGGAAAGCGUGUGCUCGGCGACCGCGGGCUUGGCCAGCGGCGCGCUCGGCGCCCGGCGCCCCCAGCCCCACGCGCGCCGGGCGGGCGCCAUGGAGGAGGGCUCCAGCUCGCCCGUGUCCCCCGUGGACAGCCUGGGCACCAGCGAGGAGGAGCUCGAGCGGCAGCCCAAGCGCUUCGGCCGGAAGCGGCGCUACAGCAAGAAGUCCAGCGAAGAUGGCAGCCCGACCCCGGGCAAGCGCGGCAAGAAGGGGAGCCCGAGCGCGCAGUCCUUCGAGGAGCUGCAGAGCCAGCGCAUCCUGGCCAACGUGCGCGAGCGCCAGCGCACCCAGUCGCUCAACGAGGCCUUCGCGGCGCUGCGCAAGAUCAUCCCCACGCUGCCCUCGGACAAGCUCAGCAAGAUCCAGACGCUCAAGCUGGCCGCCAGGUACAUAGACUUCCUCUACCAGGUCCUGCAGAGCGACGAGAUGGACAAUAAGAUGACCAGCUGCAGCUACGUGGCCCACGAGCGCCUCAGCUACGCCUUCUCCGUGUGGCGCAUGGAGGGCGCGUGGUCCAUGUCCGCCUCCCACUAGCGCCGCGCCACCCACGUCCGGACCGGCGCGCCAGGUACUCAACUUCCCCAGCCAUGAUUCUGCUACCUGUGACGUUUCUAAUGUCUGAUCCAAGCAUUCAGCAGAGAUAAGUCUCAUUAAAUUAUCUGUUUCUCGAGGGACCAUCUACAAAUUACUUUUUGUGUUUUGGACAAUCCUUUGUUUAAAAACUCUGCUUUGACCCUUGAAGCAGACUCAGUGGUACAGCCAAACGUUGACUCUCCCUCACACUCCUCAAGACCCCUGACAGGCAGGGCCAUGUGACCACUCCAGCCAAUGACCUUUGGGAGGAAGUGACAACAACAUUUCUAGGCUGAAGUGUAGAAGUGGAGAGACACCCCAGUCUGUCCUCCACUGCCCCAGGUGACUGGAAUGGAAUGUCCCAAAUGGUGCAGCUGCAAGCCCGUGGAGAGUCUGCCAGCCUGAAUCCUCAGUGACUGCAUGGAGAGGAGCCCCAGCCAACCUGAAUGAGCAGGAAGCAUGAACAAGAUGCAAACAACUGUUGCGUUACAUCAUGGAGAUGUUGGGGCUUGUUUGUUGUUGCGACCAAAUCUCACUGGCUCAGACUGAAACAGCCCUGAAAUGAGAAGGAAGACAAUCUAAUAGCACUUGGAUGGUUCUCAUCUUGUCCUGGAGCCUCAGACAUACACACUUGGCUUUGUGAAAUGGGUAUUUGCUUGAGAAAAUGGUCUAAAGGGAGUCCUUUCGGCUUCAUUUUUAGAGGAGCUCAAUUUCUAACAGCACUAUUCACCAAAGUUUUUUUAUAAACCAUCAAACCUUUCCAGGGUGUAACCAUGGAUUCAUU